AUGGCGUUCCUGGGUGUGUUCAAGAGAAGGCGCCAGGCCGGACAGGAGGAGGAACCCACGGUGACGGUCGCCGAAGAUCACCUCGAAAUGCCUGCCCCAUCAAAGGAUAAGCUGGACGGCACCGUUGUAGAUGAGGAGACGAUCAAGGCGCAGGGCGAGACUGCGGCCAUCGAGCAAGAGAGUCACGAUAACCCCGAAAUCGCCGCACUGCCUUUGCAAGUACGCCAACUGAUCAACUUGACGGAUGACCCAACGUUACCGACUAUCACCUUCCGCUACUUUGUCCUGGCGGCUCUGUUUGUCAUUCCCGGUGCCUUUUUGUCUCAGAUGAGCUACUUUCGAACCACCAAGGCUCCAUACUCCGUCUUCUUUGUCCAGAUCGCCUGUCACUAUGCCGGUCAUUUCUUGGCUAAAACCCUGCCCGCCUGGAAUAUUCGUGUACCUGGAACUACCUGGGGAUUCAGCUUGAACCCUGGACCCUGGAGCAUCAAGGAACAUGUGCUGGUCACCGUGACGGCGGCGUCUGGAGCGACCUACAACCUAGGAUAUGCUCCAAUCGUACUCGCGGAGCUUUGGUAUGGAGAGCGAAUCCACCCUGCCGUGGCUAUCUUCUUCAUGCUUGCGAUUGUGUGGAUUGGAUACGCAUUUGCUGCCCUGGCGCGAAAUAUUCUCCUACCCGAUCCCGAGUACAUCUGGCCCCAGGCCUUGAUGCAGACCACACUCUUUGAAACAUUCCGGAAGACAGACGCCUCCUCCCGUCUCGCACGGCGCCAAAUGAAGGUCUUUUUCUUCGCUUUGUUGGGAAUGACGCUGUGGCAGUUCCUUCCAGAGUAUGUCUUCCCAUUUACCUCGUCGCUGGCCUUCCUGUGCUGGGUUGCGCCGCGGAACCCGGUGGCCAACUUUAUUGGGUCUGGACUGGGAGGCAUGGGAUUCCUCAAUCUCUCCUUGGAUUGGUCAAAUAUCAACUGGAACGGAUCUUCCAUCAUGCUGACCCCGUGGUGGACCCAGGUUCUCCUGUUCCUGGCUUUUGCUUUCAACUGUUGGGUCCUCAUUCCUGCGGCGAAAUGGGGAAAUCUCGGCGCUUUCAAGCAUGGAAUUAUGUCCAAUAGCUUGAUGUUGGCUAAUGGUACCAGUUAUCCGACGUUAGAGGUGCUUACCCCCGAUUAUCACCUCAAUCAGACCGCGUACGAGCAUUACGGGCCCAUGUACAUGGGGCUGCAGAAUGUGUGGGCGACUUUCUUCGACUAUGCCAAGCUUCCAGCUGCGAUUACUUGGAUCGCAACAUUUGGCUUCUCGCAAGUCAGCGGCAACCUGAAGAAGAUCUGGGAAACUCGCAAGGCGGCUAAGGCUGCCAAGGCUGCUGGGAACCAGAGCGAGGGCCAGGGGAUUCACUACGCAUAUCACGAUCGCCUGAAUGUUAUUCAGAGACAAUACAAGGAGAUUCCACUGUGGUGGUACGUUGUGCUGUUCCUGGCCGGAUUCAUCAUCCUGAUCACUUGCAUUGCCUGCGGGUAUCUCUUCAUUCCUAUUUGGACCUUGUUCGUGGCUCUUUCUAGUGCGGCCAUCUUCGUCAUCCCCUUCGCAUGGCUCUAUGCGAUCUCCAACUACCAGCUAGAGACUGGCUCGUUCAACGAGCUGAUGUACGGAUACAUGGUGCACACCAAGGCGGGCUCCGGCCACCAACAUCCAUGUGGGCCUUCCACAUACGGAGCCAUCGCCGGAGAUGCCUGGUAUCGAGCGCAAUAUAUGCUGCAAGACCAGAAGAUCGGACAUUAUAUGCAUAUCCCGCCGCGAGAAAUAUUUUUCUCCCAGAUCUUUGGUGUCUGCAUGGGUGUUCCUAUCAACUAUGCCGUUAUCCGAUGGAUCAUGAAUACCAAGGGUGACUACAUCACCGGCAAGAAGACCGAUCCUCUCAACCAGUGGACCGGCCAGAGUCUUCGGAAUUCAAACACGUUGGGUAUUCAGUACGCUAUUCUAGGACCCAAGCGCCUGUUCGCUGAAGCCGAGAUGGCGCCCCUGCCUUGGUCGUUCCUCGUGGGCGCAGUCAUCCCGCCCAUCCUCUACGUCUUCCACCGAUUCUUCCCGCGCCUGCGGAUUGACCUCUGGAAUAUCAGUAUUUUCUUCGGAGGCCUGGCGAUGUUCUAUGGAAAUGUCAGCACUGGCUAUACCUCGGCGAUCAUCGGCGGAUACAUUGUGAUGUACUGGGCGUACCGCAAGCACUUUGAGGUGUGGAAACGCUAUAACUAUCUGCUUGCAGCGGCUUUCGAUGCUGGAUUCAACUUGAACAUGCUGCUCAUCUUUUUCUUUUUCGGCGCUGGCAAGCAAAUUUCGAUGCCGAACUGGUGGGGGAAUAAUAGCGAGUCGGUUGAGCGGUGCUUUGCUCUGGAGAGCUGGUGA